CUAGAGGAUCGCGGACGAUACUGCCAUCUCGUGUUGUCUGCCAAUUCGACUGUCCUCAACCAGUGGAGUGGUUUCAAAAACUGGAUACUUGGUCCCGGCCAAAGGUGUGAGUGUUGUGCCUUCUUUAUAAUCGCCAGUGGUCACCUAAUAUCAGAGCUACGAUGAUUUACGUAGACGAGACAGACCCGGAUGAAGAGGCUGAGCCCCCUUUCGAACCCCGUGAAGUGACCCUGAAGAGAAAUGAGAACAUCAACGAAGCCUAUGCUCUGCAAGAUGAACUCGGCAGGGGAAAGUUCGGCACCGUCUUCCGUUGCAAAGAGAAGACAAGUGGUCGCGUAUUGGCCGCCAAAUUCAUCGUUACACCGAAGAAAGAAGACCGUCAGGAUGUGCUACGGGAGGUGGAAAUUAUGCGCUCACUGCAACAUCCUCGUCUACUCCAACUGUACGAUGUCUAUGACGAUGGCAAGGCUCAAAUGAUCCUCGUUCUAGAGAUCAUCGAAGGAGGCGAGCUGUUCGAACGUGUCAUCGACGACGACUUCGUGCUCACAGAGAAAGCUUGCAGUAUCUUCGUCAGACAGAUCUGCGAAGGCAUUGACUACAUGCAUAGCAAAAACAUUUUACAUUUGGACAUGAAGCCAGAGAACGUCAUGUGCACAACCCGCACGGGCAAUCGUAUCAAGUUGAUCGACUUCGGCUUGGCCCGGUUCUUUGAGCCAGGCAAGAAGCUGCAGGUGCUCUUCGGGACACCAGAGUUUGUGGCUCCCGAAGUUGUCAACUUUGACAAAGUCUGUUACCGAACGGACAUGUGGAGCGUCGGGGUCAUCUGCUAUGUCCUGCUCUCUGGAUUAUCACCGUUCAUGGGCAACAGCGAAUUGGAGACGAUGGCCAACGUCACCAAAGCGGAAUACGACUUCGACGACGAGAGCUUCGACGAGAUUUCCAACGAGGCCAAAGACUUUAUAGCCAAGCUAUUGUUGAAAGACAGGGAAGAACGGCUAACAGCAAAGCAGUGUCUGGAUCACCCAUGGCUAAGGAAAAGAGAGAAAAAGAAGGACGAGGCCCAACUGGACAAAAAGAAGCUCAAGAGGUACGUCAUCAGGCGCAGGUGGCAGAAAGUCGUCAACGCCAUCCUCGCCUUGCGUCGCAUGGGCGCCCCGCUCACUCCCACCGACUCCUAAAGAGGUCUGCACGAGGUGGCCAAUCCUCCUUCCAGGCUGGCUGCUCCAACCAACUUUUGGUGUGCGUUUCCCUUCUCUUUCACCAAUCCAAGCCUUGGAGACCUCCAUCCUCCACCCCGCGCGUCCAGAGACACUCCAUAGCAUCGAACUAAGGAUGCUCAACGCAAGUUAUACUCACAGCCUCUGCGACAACCGACAUAUCGUACCAUUGGGUCAAAGUGAACAUCUGUAAGGACUUGCAUUACACCUCACAGGCGGACUGGAAUGCACUGGUAUAUGGGCCUGCAGAAGGACUUGCAGAAAGAAUUGUUGACCAAGUUGUCAGCCGUUCUCAGUGUAGUGGUCAAUAGACGGGGCAGUAGAGGUGUCUACACACAGGUCAUUUGAUAGGUCACCAAAGAGGUCAAUAGAGUCGUUAAUAGACAAAUCAGUAGAUGGGUUACAGACGUUUGGACGGGUUACAGCCUUAAAGACUUGAACGUGGACUUGUGCUGGGGUCCGCCUUUGGAUAGAGUAUAUGGAGCAUUAUUAUAGCCUUGCAGACGCGGUUACAAACAUAUAAUGUACAGCGUAAGGUUUCAUCCGGUAGCCUGCAGUGUGUAUAACAUAUUUAUGAGGCGACAAAGACAGCAAUGGUACGAGGUUACAUCCAUGCACAAGUCUGCCCCAACCACUACAAGUCACCCUGGUGUUGUUGUUGUUGUUGUUGUUUACCAGGAGAAAUGACACCUUCGAUAGUGGCAUUAAUUAUGAUUGUUAUUGGCAGAAAUGCGACACGAGGAAAUACCUUGACCAGUCGCAGAAGACUGGCCAUUUGUUUACUUGGAAUGUUAGCUCUUACUUCCCCCCAACGAAAGUAAACUUCUUCAUACUUGAUUCAUCUCGGAGAAAGGAGUAUGACAACGACAUCACAUAUUUCUGUACAUAGUAGUUUAUUUUAAUGAUCCCCUUUUUUUGUAUUCCUGUACAUUUUCCUUGGAUCUGAAUGGCAUCCCUGUUUGAAUGCAAUAUGUGUUUCCAGGCAUCGUGUUUUAAACUCAUGUUCUUUUUAUUUCCCAGCUCGAGAUGGUUGUUUAAAUAAACUACACACGUUUAAAAUGGA